UAAAAGGGAAAGGGGAGAGGGAGAAUCGGAAGGGAUUUGGGGGGAGUAUUGGUAGGAGAGAUGAAAAGAAAUGAAGGAGAUGAGGAGAGUUGGGGAGGAGAUGAGAGAGAGGGAAAGAAGUGGAGAGAGACAGGAUUGAGAAUAGAGAGAGAUGAAGAGAUGAAGAGAGCCAGAGAGAAAUCUGGGGAGGUGGAGGGAAAUAGAAAAGCUGUUUAGAAAAAAAAAACAGGAAGAAUUGGGGGAGUUGUGAAGAGACAGGGACUGAUACAAAACAUGUGAGGAGACAGGGAGAUGGGGAGCUGGAAAAAGACGUUGAAAGACAAGAAGAGAUGGCAAAUAUGGGAGGAGGGAGAGAGAGGAAGAUGUGGGGACAUAGAGGGAGAUGGCAAAUGUGGGGAGAGAGGGAGAGAUGGCAAAUAUUGGGGGGAAGGGGAGAUGUAAAGACAGAGGAAGGUAUGGGGACACAGGGAGAGAUGGGAAAUUUGGGGAGGGAGGGGGAGAUAGGAAGAUGUGGGGAGAGGAGAGAUGGCAAAUGUGGGGAGAGAGAGAUGGCAAAUAUUGGGGAGAAGGGGAGAUAGAGCAACAGAGGAAGGUGUGGGGACACAGGGAGAGAUGGGAAAUUUGGGGAGAUAGGGAGAGAUAGAAAGAUGUGGGGACAUAGGGAGAGAUGGGAAACUUGGGGAGGGAGGGAGAGAUGGCAAAUAUUGGGGGGAACGGGAGAUGUAACGACAGAGGAAGGUGUGGGAACAUAGGGAGAGAUGGGAAAUUUGGGGAGAGAGGGAGAGAUAGAAAGAUGUGGGGACAUAGAGAGAGAUGGCAAACUUGGGGAGGGAGGGAGAGAUGGCAAAUAUUGGGGGGAAGGGGAGAUGUAACGACAGAGGAAGCUGUGGGGACAUAGGGAGAGAUGGGAUAUAGGGAGAGAAGGGGAGGAAUAACUGACCAGGGAGAAGAAGGUUAGGAAGUGACGGGGAAUUCCUUUUCCCAAUCCCCCCUCCCCUCCCCAGAGACAGGCAGAUAACGCAGCCAUCUCAGCAGCGAGAAUGGGGUGCUGGAGACGGGGAGUAGAAGUGGAGGCUGGGAAGGGGGUUCGGGUGGGGGCCUAAUAGCGGGAAUCGGGUGGGGCCGUCGCUCCUGCCAUGACCUCAGACCUAGGGGGCCCAGCCCAGUACUGACGUCAGCCCCCAACUACAAAUGCCCCCCCCAACAAACCAGGCAAAGGAGAGAGAGAUGGACUCAGGGCAGGGAGGAAGGAGCCCGAAGAACAUGGGGCAGGACACCCCCAAACCCGGCCCCCGCCGGGCGUGCUCUGGCCCCCUCCGGCGGCUCCUGACCGUGGCCUUUGCCCUGCUGAUCCUGGGGGGCAUGACCUGGGCCUACGCCGUGGGGGUCCCCUUGGCCUCCGACCACUACGGCCUCCUGGCCUUCGGCCUCUACGGGGCCUUCCUCUCGGCCCACCUGGUCGCCCAGAGCCUCUUCGCCUACUUGGAGCACCGGCGCGUGGCCGGCCGGGCGGCCCGGGGCAAGCCCGCGUGCUCGCGCAGGGUGGCGCUGACCAUCUCCGCCUACCAGGAGGACCCCGACUACCUGCGGCAGUGCCUGCUGUCUGCCCGGGCCCUGCAGUACCCCAGGGAGCGCCUGCGGGUGGUCCUGGUCGUGGACGGCAACCGCGAGGAGGACAUGUACAUGGUGGAGAUGUUCCGGGAAGUCUUCGAGGCCGAGGGUCCCGCCACCUACGUGUGGGAGGGCAAUUACCACCAGCCGUGGGCCCCCCAGGUGGCGGGGGACGGCGGCAAGGCCGGCGAGGUGGAGGCCGGCGGCUACGUGGAGGUGGAGGCUGAGGACCCCGGCCGGCUGACCGUGGAGGCCCUGGUCCGGAGCCAUCGGUGCGUGUGCGUGGCUCAGCGCUGGGGCGGCAAGCGAGAGGUCAUGUACACGGCCUUCAAGGCCCUCGGGGAAUCUGUGGACUACGUGCAGGUGUGUGACUCAGACACCCGGCUGGAUCCCAGAGCCCUGCUGGAGUUGUCCCGAGUGCUGGACGAAGACGGGACCGUCGGGGCCGUGGGCGGGGAUGUCCGGAUCCUCAAUCCUCUGGACUCCUGGGUCAGCUUCCUGAGCAGCCUCAGGUACUGGGUGGCCUUCAACGUGGAGCGAGCCUGCCAGAGCUACUUCCGAUGCGUGUCUUGUGUCAGCGGGCCUCUCGGUCUGUAUAGGAACGACUUGCUGCAGCAGUUCCUGGAGGCCUGGUACAACCAGAAGUUCCUGGGCACCCACUGCACUUUUGGGGAUGACCGCCAUCUCACCAACCGAAUGCUCAGCAUGGGCUACGCUACCAAGUACACGUCGCUGUCCCGCUGCUACUCGGAGACGCCGGCGUCCUUCCUGCGCUGGCUGAGCCAGCAGACGCGCUGGUCCAAGUCCUACUUCCGCGAGUGGCUGUACAACGCCCUGUGGUGGCACCGGCACCACGCGUGGAUGACCUACGAGGCCGUGGUGUCCGGCCUCUUCCCCUUCUUCGUGGCGGCCACGGUGCUGCGGCUCUUCUACGCCGGCUCCCCGUGGGCGCUGCUCUGGGUGCUGCUGUGCGUGCAGGGCGUGGCGGCGGCCAAGGCGGCCUUCGCGGCCUGGCUGCGGGGCUCCCCGCGGAUGCUGCUCCUCUCGCUCUACGCGCCCCUCUACAUGGGCGGCCUCCUGCCCGCCAAGUUCCUGGCGCUGCUCACCAUGAACCAGAGCGGCUGGGGCACCUCGGGCCGCCGGCGCCUGGCCGCCAACUACGCGCCCGCCCUGCCGCUGGCCAUCUGGGCCGCGCUGCUGCUCGGCGGCCUGCUGCGCAGCGUGAUCCACGAGGCCCGAGCCGACUGGAGCAGCGAGGCGCGCAGGACCGAGGCGCGCUACCUGGCCGUCGGAGCCGCCGCUUACGUGGCUUACUGGGCACUCAUGAUGGCUCUCUACUGGGGGGGAGUCCGCAGGCUCUGCCGGCCCAGGGCUGGGGGCUACCGGGUGUCCGUGUGACAGCCCCUCAGAGAGGCAGUCCCCCGGGGCCGCGAGAUUGGAACUCCGAGGACCUAGGUCCGGUCCCAAGGGGAUUUGGGACAAGUCGUUUUACCUCAUGGGCCUCAGUUUUCUUUUAUAAAAUGAGCACGUUGGACCAAGGAGGGGAUCUCCACGGUUCCUUCCAACACUAAGAUCCGGUGACCCGACCUGCUUCUUCCUAUUUGGACAAAUCAUCCCCAGUCUCCCGGCUUCUGAUUCCUGAUCUAAAGGAGGACAGACUCAGCUGUUCACAUGGGAGGGCACGGGCUCGGACUAGAUCUCCGAAGGCUCUUCGGGCACCAAGGCUAUGAUCCUUUGAAUCUCCUUUCCUCCACUAGGCAGCUGGGUGCGGGGACUCCGGGGUCAGUCAGCCCAACCGCCUGACUAAAUAUGCGGAGGUCACUUGCCUUCCUUGGCCCCAGCUUUCUCUUCUAGAAAAACUUUGGGCAUGGGGUGGUACCGCUCAGGGACUGGCGCUUGAGAUUUCCUUUUUUGAUUUUAGGUGUUAGCUGUAAAGCGGAGGGUAAGGGUAAGGGUUAGACUGGACACUCUCCUAGGGUUCUUUCCAGCUGUGACGCGUAUUUAAAUUCUUUUCCUAGACCUCUGGCCCCUUGGGAUGUGUCAGAGAUGGAAGGGGCUUCCAGGGUCCCUCUUUGAGCCCUUCGUGUUCUCUGUGUCUGGAAACAAACACUACAAUUCCCAGCAAGCCUUGCAGCUAACCGAGUUUCAUUCGCGGCGCUGGGCUAGCUUGGGGACGCCCGUGUCUUGAGGGAAAGGGGGUAUUUAUUGGGCGGAAGGGGUGUCUUCUGUCCAUAGGGGGUGAAGAGACCACGGUGGCCUCUGACUCUGAACUUAUUUAAUUCUCAUCCACUCAAAGAGCAAUAAAGAGUUUUAUUUAUUUUC